AGACAAAACCAAAUUCAUAGACAAAUUGAUUUGUUUCUCCCUAUUUUUGUUGCUUUUUGAUUGAAUUUGGGAGUCACCAACAAAAUCAUACAGCGAAAUUCAUCAUUGAUCUGUUGUACUUUUCUGUAGAAGCCGCAAUCGAGGUACCUACUUUUUGAAAGGGAACCUAGGAUCGAAGCGACGACGAACAAAUGCCAUGGCCCUUCAAACAAAUUGCCAUCCACCGAGUUCGUUCUAGCGAUCAAUCGGUCCCAGAAGUCCCCAUCAUCGGUAUCAAUCGCUUCAAUAAUACUCGGUCUAAAUUUUAAAUUCCAGUAGGAAAAAUAAUUGUUAAUUAUGAGAAGCUCGUGGAAACUUGGCAUUUAUCAUGGUAGAUGCUUGAUUCCAUUUGUGACAUGGGCUUGACUGGCGUUGGCUGCGGCAGGUAUACUUGCGUUUUCCACUCUCUUUCUCUCUGUUUAUCUGUUGUUUAUUUCCUUCUCUAUUAUUGUUGUUAAUCGAAAUGCAACUCGGCCGAAACCUUUCCCAGCUUGCGAAAAUUUAUCUUCCUUGGAUGUCAUCAUCCCCCCAUCUUUUGUCUGUAUCUUAACUUCAAUUUUUUUAAAUUUUUUUUAUGUAUGAAUGAGCAUUUUAGUGAUGAUUUAGGGUUUCCCAGUUGAUUUUCUGUGAUGGGUUGUUGUGGUGCUUCUCUUUCUUGCAGGCUUUAGGCUGCUGAUUGUUUAAUGGUUUUGUUCUUUCACUUUAUCAUCCCCUUUCAGAUGCUUGCCUUUGUUUGAUUCAUAAAAUUUCUGGUUGUGUAAGGAUUAUCACUCUGGAGUUCGAGAGAAACUCUCGGUGCUCUCUUCAAUAGGUUUCUUUAGUAUAUCUGAAGUUUUUUUUUUGCAAAUUCGAGUGUUCUGGGAAGAAUUGGGAAGAACCCCAGGAAGUUUUAGACCCGGUUCCAGUUGAAUUUCUUCAUUUCUAGUCUUACUGUUAAGAACCCUUCUUUUUUUUUUGUUAACAAUUGUACUGUUUUUGGCAUUCAAAUACAGUUUUUCCUCUUUCUUUUUAAGUUCUUCUCUUGAACUGUCAUUUUUAAAUGUAUUUGAUUCUUAUAACUUCAUGUGUUCCUAGCCUCAUUUUCUAUGUCACUGGCCUGUUGUAUUCCCGUCGCUGAAGGUGUCUACUGUAUAGCAUGUGCUCGUUGGUUGUGGUUGAAAUUUCUCUAUAAUGCUGGCCAUGAAAGUGAAAACUGGAGCCUGGCCACGACUGAGGAAUUUGAACCUAUUCCUCGCUAUUGUCGAUUAAUUCUAUCUGUCUAUGAAGAUGAUCUCCGGAACCCACUUUGGGCUCCUCCAGGUGGCUAUGGCAUUAAUCCUGAUUGGGUACUACUAAGAAAGGAUUAUGAAGGAACUCUUGGUCGUGUUUCCCCAUAUAUGAUUUACGUUGAUCACGAUCACGGUGAUGUUGUCUUGGGAGUUAGAGGACUUAAUUUGGCAAAAGAAAGUGAUUAUGCAGUCUUGCUAGAUAACAAACUUGGGCAGACGAAGUUUUGUGGUGGGUAUGUACACAAUGGCCUUUUGAAGGCAGCUAUAUGGAUUUUUGAUGCAGAGUGUGAGGUUUUAAAGGAACUGGUUGAAAAGAAUCCAGGUUACACUUUGACAUUUGUUGGGCAUUCCCUAGGGGCUGGAGUAGUGGCAUUGUUGACGAUAAUUGCACUGCAGAAACAGGAUAGAUUGGGGAACAUUCAGAGAAAGAGGAUCAGAUGCUUUGCUAUUGCGCCUCCUCGGUGCAUGUCGCUAAAUUUGGCAGUGAGAUAUGCAGACGUGAUCAACUCUGUAGUACUCCAGGAUGAUUUCUUACCUCGGACUACCACAGCUUUGGAAGAUGUAUUCAAAUAUCUUGUCUGCCUACCAUGUUUAUUAUGCGUGAUGUGCUUGAAGGAUACAUGCACAAUGGAGGAGAAGAUGCUUAAAGAUCCAAGACGCCUUUAUGCACCUGGUCGUCUUUAUCACAUUGUUGAGCGAAAACCCUUUAGGAUAGGAAGAUUUCCUCCGGUUGUGAAGACAGCAGUGCCUGUAGAUAAGAGGUUUGAGCAUUUAGUCCUUUCUUGCAAUGCUACUUCAGACCAUGCUAUCAUAUGGAUCGAGAGAGAGUCUCAGAAGGCUCUUGAUAUCAUGUUGGAGAAUGAUAAAGCCUUGGAAAUCCCAGUGCAGCAGAGGAUGCAACGGCAGGCUUCGGUAGAACGAGGACAUGGCGAAGAAUACCAGGCAGCUCUCGAGCGAGCUGCUGCUUUGGAAAUCCCUGAUGUAAACUUACCACCCUCCUACGGAACGUUCAAUGAAUUGGAAGAAGGUGAGAAUUCUAGCCAAUCAAUCGAAGAUGCAUUGGUAUCAUCAUCGACAAAACGAAGGGAUCGAUGGGAUAAGUUCAUAAAUCAGUUUUUCGACGUGGAUCAGUCUGGUAAAAUGGUGUUCAAGAAAUCUUAAGCCUUUCUGAAUUAUGAAUUCUUAGGAGGAAGUAGAAGCUGCAAAGUUUCAUUUUUUUUUUACUGUAAAAAGAAACAGAGAUUUAGUAGAUGCCUCAUUUAUUCCUUGAAUAGCACGGAUAGAGUUUUUUUUUUUUUCCUUUUUCUUGGCUUUGAUUUGCUUUGCUUCAUUUGGUAAGCAAAAGCCUUAGUCUAGAAAUGAUGUUGUGGUAAAAUGGAUUGUUAUCAUUUAUUAUUUUAUAAUAGUGAAUAAGAUGUUGA